AUGCUUAGGUCUCGGGGGAAAGUUAACGAAGCGCUCGCGAUAUACGAGGCGAUUAUAGCGGAGAGAAUAGGAGCAGCUGUGACUAUGACGAGGGGAAAUGGAACGGGCAGCGGAGCGGGGACAUUAGGAGGGGCCGCGAGCGCGGGGGAAGGGGGAGCGGGAGCGGGCGGGGGAGGGGCGGGCGGGGCCGCGGCCGCCGCGACGGCGGAGGCGCUAGUGGGGAAGGGGCAGUGUUUGCAGGCGCAGGGGAAGCUUAGCGCGGCGUUUGAGGCGUACGUGUCCGCGUUACAGCUGAAUCCGACACACGCUGUAGCGUUGACGCAGUGCGGAGUGCUGUACAAAGAGGAGGGGCACUUGCUAGAGGCUAUAGAGGUGCGAAAAGGAGGGAGGAGAGGAGGGGAGAGGAGGGGAGAGGAGGGUGAUAAGAGGGAAGAGGAGGCGGAGAGGAGGGGAAGGGGAGGAGAGGUUUUAGGUGAGUGGGUGAGGAGGGAGAGGGGAGUGAGGGGGGAGAGGGGAGUGAGGGGGGAGAAGGAGAGAGUCGUGGAGAGAGAAAGGACGGGGAGAGGAGGAGCGGAGGGAGAGGCGUACAGAAAGGCGCUAGAGGCGGAUGCGGGGUGCAAGGAGGCACAGGAGCAGCUGGCGGUGGCGUACAGAAAGGCGCUAGAGGCGGAUCCGGGGUGCAAGGAGGCACAGGAGCAGCUGGCAGUGGUGCUCACAGACCUGGGCACGCGCCUCAAGCUGGGGGGUUCCGUGCAGGAGGGCAUAGCGAAAUAUUAUGAGGCUAUUGCUGCCGACCAGAGAUAUGCGCCGGCAUACUACAACCUAGGGGUGGUGUAUUCAGAGAUGGGGCAGUACGAGGCGGCUCUGCAGUUCUAUGACAAGGCAGUGGCGCUCAGGCCGCUCUAUGCAGAGGCGCAUUGCAACAUGGGCGUGAUCUAUAAGAACUGCGGCGAUUUACACUCGGCUAUCGCCUGUUAUGAGCGGUGUUUGGCAGUGGCGCCUAAUUUCACCAUCGCGCGCAACAACAUGGCUAUUGCUCUCACUGACCUGGGAACCAAGGUGAAGCUCGAGGGCGACAUAUCAGCUGGCGUGGCGCACUACAAGCGGGCGCUGCUGUUCAACUCUCAUUACGCCGAUGCCAUGUACAACCUGGGGGUGGCUUACGGGGAGAUGCUCAAGUUCGACAUGGCAGUGGUGAUGUACGAGUUGGCCCUACACUUUAAUCCGCAAUGCGCCGAGGCGUGCAACAACCUGGGGGUGAUAUACAAGGACCGUGAUAAUCUAGACAAGGCGGUGGAGUGCUACCAGAAGGCGCUGCGCAUCAAACCCUCCUUCUCCCAGUCGCUCAACAACCUGGGGGUUGUCUACACCGUGCAGGGCAAGAUGGACCUAGCACUCAACAUGAUUCAAGCCGCCAUUCUCGCCAACCCCGCAUAUGCAGAGGCAUACAACAACCUGGGUGUGUUGCACAGGGACGCGGGCAACAUCCCAGCAGCCAUAGAGGCGUACCAGCAGUGCCUUGCCAUCGAUCCCGACUCUAGAAAUGCCGGGCAGAACCGUCUACUAGCAAUGAACUAUAUUCACGAUGGGCUGGACGACUCACUGUUCGCUGCUCACCGGGACUGGGGCGAGCGCUUCUCGCGCCUCUUCCCGCGCUUCUCCUCGUGGCCCAACUUGUGCCGGCCGGACCGGAGGUUGGUGGUGGGGUACAUAUCGCCUGACUACUUCACGCACUCCGUCUCCUACUUCAUUGAAGCCCCCUUGACUUACCAUGACCCGAAUGUGGUCAAAGUGGUGGUUUACUCUGCUGUGGUGAAGGCGGACGGCAAGACGAGUCGGUUCAAGGAAGCAGUGCAGAGCAAGGGCGGGGUGUGGCGGGACAUAUUCGGGGUGGACGAGCGCCGCGUGGCAGCCAUGGUGCGGGAGGACGGCGUGGACAUUCUCGUGGAGCUGACAGGGCACACGGCCAACAACCGGCUGGGCGUGAUGGCAUGCAAGGCAGCGCCCAUCCAGGCCACGUGGAUUGGGUAUCCGAAUACCACCGGGCUGCGAGCGAUUGACUACCGCCUGACUGACGCCUUGGCUGAUCCCCCCAGCAGCAGCCAGAGGCAUGUAGAGGAGUUGGUGCGCCUUCCAGGAUGCUUCCUCUGCUACACCCCAUCAUCUGAAGCGGGGCCGGUGUCCCCCUCGCCUGCGGUGGCCAAUGGCUUUGUGACGUUUGGCAGCUUCAACAACCUUGCCAAGAUCACCCCAGCAGUGGUGCGUCUGUGGGCCCGAAUCCUCCUAGCAGUCCCUGGUUCCCGCCUGAUGCUCAAGUGCAAGCCAUUCACAUGCGUGUCCAUCAGCCAGCAGCUCAUGGCGCAACUCGAGUCCCACGGCAUCUCCCCUCUGCGCGUCGACUUGCUGCCGCUCGUGCUGCUGAAUCACGAGCACAUGCAGAGCUAUGCCGUGAUGGAUAUCAGCCUCGACUCGUUCCCCUAUGCCGGCACCACCACCACAU